UGAACUGAACAAAACCCGUUGCGCAGUGAAGUGUAAAAAGAAAAGAAACGAAACAAAAAAAUACAGCAAUUAAAAGUGAAAAAUAAAAUUAAAAUUGCUGGACUGUUCUGUGGCUUUUAUCGCAUGUGCGGGGCUCACCGAAGAUAAAUAAUUAUACAUUUUUGGAAACUGAAAAAUCAAUUGAAAGUGGCCGGCCCGAAACCAAAACCAGAGAUUCAAUCGUGAACAGACCAAACAUGGAGAGCAAACACUGGAGUUGCUUUGUGGCCAUUGUGCUGGGCGUGUUGAUAUUCAAAAUGCACAUAUUUGUUGCGCUCGCCGAUCAGGAUGAGGAUAUACCCCACAACGAAGUUCGCAAUUGGGCCUUGAAGUUCGGCGUUGAUCUGUGGGAGUUUGGACGACAAUUCACCAAAAUGAACGAGAUCAAAAAUCGAUUCAAGGAUAACGACAUCGAGGUGAAGCGCAAGGACGGCAUUAUCCUGCUGCGUGAACUGGCUGCCGAGGUGAAGAACUUUAUGGACUUCAAGCGUAAUGCUGUCAUGCGCCUGAUGGACUCGGCCGAGCAGGCGGCCCUCUCCGAGAUGGACGGCCAGGGACAGGCAGAGGCACCCCUGGGGGGACCGCAGCAGCACUACGAUGCGAGGCGAAUCAACGAGUAUAAUGCCGAUGGCAAGCUGGCGGACGGAGCACGUCAUAUGGAUAUACGGUUCAUGCGACGCUUCGAACGCCUCCCGGUCAAUCUCAGUCUAAGCUCGAUUCUGGUGCCGCACGGCGUCGAUUUGGAUGAGACGGACGUGAAGUCGGCACUGCAGUGGAGCGCCCACUUGGACCCACUGUUCCAGAACAACUUAGAGCAAGAUCCGGCAUUGUCAUGGCAAUACUUUGGCUCAUCAUCGGGCUUCCUGCGUCGCUUCCCGGGCACGGCCUGGCCCCCCGAGGGCUCAAAGGGCAGCAAACUCAUUCACGACUUUCGCACCCACAACUGGUUUGUCCAGGCCGCCUCCUCGCCCAAGGAUAUUAUGAUUCUAUUGGAUGCCUCGUCCAGCAUGUCGGAGAAGUCCUUUGACCUUGGCAUGGCCACGGCCUUCAACAUUCUGGAUACCCUUGGAGAAGAUGACUUUGUGAACCUGAUCACAUUCUCGGAGGUGGUGAAGGCGCCCGUGCCAUGCUUUAAGGAUCGCAUGGUUCGUGCCACACCCGACAACAUACAGGAGAUCAAGUCAGCGGUGAAGGCCAUCAAGCUGCAGGACACGGCCAACUUCACAGCUGGCCUGGAGUAUGCCUUCAGUCUGCUGCAUAAGUACAAUCAAUCCGGUUCGGGGAGUCAAUGCAAUCAGGCCAUCAUGCUGAUCACGGAGAGCACUUCGGAGUCGCACAAGGACAUCAUCAAGCAGUACAACUGGCCGCAUAUGCCCGUGAGGAUCUUCACCUAUCUGAUUGGCAGCGACUCGAGCAGUCGGAGCAAUCUGCACGACAUGGCCUGCUCCAACAAGGGCUUCUUCGUCCAGAUCAAUGACUACGAGGAGGCGCGACGGAAAGUGAUCGACUACGCUUUGGUUAUGGCCCGGCCCAUGAUCAUGUACCAGGCGGAUCAUCCGGUGCACUGGAGUCCCGUGUUUGUGGCCGGCAAAUCUGGCGGCCUGGGGCGGGACUCGGAGUACCAGCGACGCCUGGUCACGACAGUUUCAACUCCGGUCUUCGAUAGACGAAACCAUUCGGUGCGCGUUGCCAAUCUGCUGGGCGUUGUGGGCACCGAUGUGCCCAUCGAAGAGAUACGCAAGGUUAUACCCCAACACAAGCUGGGACCGAAUGCGUAUUCGUUUAUCGUCGAUAACAAUGGGCGAGUGCUCUACCAUCCCGACCUGCGUCCGCUGGGCGAUGGCAACCAGUACAUCGAUCAGCUCAAGCCGAAAUACGCCUCAGUCGACAUCACGGAGUUGGAACUGCCGGAAACGGAAAUUGGCAACGAUCACGAGAUCGUGGAAAUGAACAAAAAUCUGCUCAGUGAGAUGCGCGGUGACAUGAUUCGACCCAAGGAGGGCGAAACCGAGUUCACCGUCCUCAACCAUUACGAUGAGGUCAAGCGUGUCUCGACUCGAACGCAUCGCUACUUCUAUGGCCCCAUCGAGGACACACCUUUCACGCUGGCUAUUGUGCUCCCGGAGAAAUACGGUAGCCACGAGUUAGUCUCCCAGCAAGAGAUCCGGCAUUCGCGUAACAAUGUUACCGAAUACUUUAAGGGAGACAACUGGCGCGUACAUCCCGAGUGGGUGUACUGCGAGUACAAUAGCGUCAGCGACUUGGAGAAGGAGCGCGAGAGCUCCGGCGAGUAUUCGUCACGCGAUCAAGAGCCCAGCUUUGGGUCACCUGAGGAGCAGGUAUUGCAUUUUCUGGCUCGCGCCGGACGCCCUGGUUGGAAGUGGAUGUCGGUUCGACCCAAGUCGCCGCAGCCACAUCACAACAUGCACAGUGGCUCCAACGGCAAUUCGCCCGGAUCGAGCCACUUUGGGUCACAGCAUCUGAAUGCUCAGGGUUCUCGCAAGGCUGAGCCUUACUUUUGCGAUCGAACCCUCAUCCAGAGCUUGGUGCGUGAUGCCAUGGUCACCGAUGGUCUCGACAGGAAUACAACAAGCAGCUCCAACGGCAAGGAGGAUAAGCAUCCCAUCGCCACAUUGAUGGCUAUUCUCAAGAGGCAAGGCUAUUCGAAGUUUUUGGUCGCCACCUCCUUUGUGGCCACUCGCUCGGGUCUUCUGCGUUGGAUUGAUCACAUCAAGAGGCCCGAAGAUACACCGGAGCCCCACUUCAGCGAGGAUAACGUGAGGGCCAUGGACACAUCGUGGUAUAAACGGGCCAUAGAUCAGCACGCGGUGGAGCCGGAUAGUUUCGUGUACAGUGUGCCCUUUGGCUCCGGCUAUGCCAUCAAGUCGAAUGCCACUCUGGUCACUGCAUCCCAUGCCAUAUUCGUGGAGCAUCGCGGCCACAAGGCCCCAGCAGGUGUUGUGGGCCUGCAAUUCCAGCACGAUUCCUUGGCCAAGCACUUUAUAAAUAUCACCUCAACUUGCACCGCAGCGAGUGCAUCGGGCUGCAAGAGAACCUGCGCCUCGGAUAAUCUAGACUGCUAUGUGCUGGACAACAGCGGGUUCGUGAUCAUCUCCGAGGAGAUGGAGCACACGGGCAAGUUCUUCGGCCAGAUCGAUGGCACCAUUAUGGACUCGCUGGUGCAGGAUCGCAUCUACAAGCGAGUGACCGUCAACGACUUUCAGGGUGUGUGCUCCGAUGCGGACAAUCCGUAUACGGCUGCUGGUGGCAUUCUGAAACCAAAUCGCUUGGGCUCUUGGUUCUUUAACCAUUUGGUGGCCCUGAGUGCCACCUGGCUGUCCUUUAUGCCGGCAAGGCUGCGUGCCUGGCCGCAGGAUGAGUACACCUAUGAUAACGAGGAUGUUGUCUUUGUUGAGAACAAUUAUUCUGAUGAAUACGAUAAUUUUGACAAUGACUACGGCUUGCCAGUGGAUCAGGAAAUGGAUGAGUUCUUCACCACAGCAGAUGUGGAGUACACAACGCCACCUCCCAAGGUGCACAAGCCCCAUGUCGGUCCACGAUUUGCUCCAGAUCCUCAGAACGCGAGAAGGUGCGAUCUGCGCACGGAUCUCUACAUGCUGCAGCCGGAGCGACUAACGCAGGGCGGCCAGAACAAUCCACUGAAGGGGAAACUGACCAAUUGCCACGUCUCUGGCUGCGAGCGCCCGUUCAGCGUCCAGAAGAUCCCGCACAGCAAUCUCAUUCUUCUGGUGGUGGACACUCUGUGUCCGUGUGGCUCCAAGCAGCUGGACAUUGAGCCCUUGGAGGAGUCCGGCGUUGUGGGUGCUUGCAGCACGAGGCGCCAGACACAGGAGCAAGAGGCUCGCCGCCGGCCCAGGAAGUGCAUCAACUACCAUCCCGAGGAGAUUGAGAUACAGCAAUGUGGGCGUGGCAGCAACCUAAGUCACAUGUCCAUCUCGGUGAUCGUGGCCCACAUUCUGAUGGUGACGGUGACCUUUGUGCUGUCCAACGCGUGAUAUGAGUACUAAGCGGGCACGAGGACGAGAACGAGUUGGAGGACCUGCUGCAGUCGCGGAGAUAGAGUUUUUCUGUAAUCCAAAUGGUUCGCAAGGAGAGGAAAACGGAUUUAAGUUUUGUUGAUUUGAAGGCGUUCUUUGCAAGGCCAAAGAGCGAAAGUAAACAUUAAUAAUAUUUAUUUAGAAAUACGCAAAAGCAAAAGCAAAAGCAAAAGCAAACGUUACACUAACGAGUUAAUAUCCAUAUGUUUGUAGACAAUAAUUUGGCAGGAGAGGAUAUCCGUGCACAAUUAGAGAAAUCGUUAGCUAAACCCCAAUUUCCGCAUGUGUUUGUGCAAUAAGCGGAAUGGAGCGGAACAAUUAAAAUCAAAUUAUUUAGUCAAGGAUACAUAAAUACUUUCUAGAGCGAGCUUUGUUUCCUCCCCUCCUAGUUUAGCCCAUUGAUUUCCCCAAAUACGAGCAAAAGCAAAUAGUUACGAGCACUCACUGAAUUAAACAUAUGAUGGGGAAAAAAGCUGUCAAUCGGUUUGUGUAAAUAGUAUGAGAAAGUAUUCAAUAUGAACAAAAUUCCUACCGAAAAAUAUUCCAUUCAAGAACAAGUUUUUCCUUUUUGUCAGUCUUACAACUUGAAGAGAAAUAUGGAGUUCCAUUUGGCACUCAACUGCGAACGCACAAGAUAUCAAGUAUUAUGUACGAGUAUUUUACAACAAAACAUAAAGGAGAAUUCACUGAACAAACGGAAGACUUGAAAAGCAACCAGGCAGCAAUGUAUAAACAAAAUCACAGAAAAAACCAAACAAAAACCAAAGCAAAGCAAAGUUGUAGACAGUACAGUUCAUAUCGCAGACAUGAAUCUGCACAAAUGAGUUCAUAUAUGGGUGACAGCCUUUUUUGAACAGCAAUAAAAACACAAAUAUGAUGAAGAGUACGAGUAUAAAUAUAUACUAGUAUGUAAUAAUAAUUUAUAAAACAAAUAUUCAAUUAGUUUUGCAGCGAACGAAACGAAACAACCCAAAAAACCAAACGAAAAAUAAUCAUUUAUUUUAUAUACACUUUUAUACAAACAUAAUUUCUUAUAAAAAGCAACAGGAGCGGUGGCAGAGAAAAGCUAAAGAACAAAAAAAAUGUAUCUAACAGAUAAAAUUAUGUUUUAGUUCCAAAAUUGUAUAAACUAAAUAUGCAUGACUUUUGAUUUAAUGUUAUUUCUGUUCUUCUAAUCUAAAGAAAUUUACAUAUCGAUCACGAUUUGGCCAGUAACAAAAACAAAAAAAUACUUUUCUCUACUACGAAACACAUAAAGCAAGUAAAAGCAAACUAUUUGAGGUAUAAAGAAAGAUCACUCAAAACACGUACAUAAUCACACAUCAUCUACACCCCCACACACACCUACACACAUACACUCUACACUCGACACAAACAAACCUAUAAAAUAUAUAAAGAAAGAGUAUUUUCUGUGUCUUAAACUUGUAUAAAAAAUGUCUUCCAUUAAAAUACUUAACAAAAAAAACCAAAGUAAAACAAUUUAUAACUCAAUAACUAUUGCUUAAAUAAAACAAAAAAGGAAAAAACAAAUACAAAUACAAAUAUAAAAGUAAAAGUAAAAGUAAAAGUAAAUAUAUAUAUAUAUGCUAAUCAUAUAUUUAACUCGAAAACUCAUUAACCAAGCAUGAACAACUUUAAGUGGCUCGUUCUACUUCGUACGCACAGCUAUAAGCUGGGGCAGACGGGGCAGAGAUGGCAGCGAACCCGGAGAACAUUCGUACACACAUAGAGUUCUAGAUAAUUUAGCUAGUUAGGAGCCGUAGCAGCGUCAGCGGCGACCACAGAACAAACGGAAACAAAAUCCAUACAAGCAUUAGAUGAAUAUUAGCAGAAUAUUUAUAUAAAUAUGUAAUAAUACUUGAAUACACAACUUAACCAUAAUAAUCAAUUGUAAGUCGUACUCCUAAGAGCUGUUUGUUAAACGUUGACGAUGACGAUGACGAUAACGAUAACGAUGUCGAGGGUUCAGAUGAAAGUAUGGCUGAAGUGCGACGAGGAUUGCGUGAUGUGGGAAAGCAGUGCGUAUGCGUAUGCUUGAUCUGUAUCAGAGUGACUUUGUGUGUGAGUAUGUGUGUAUGGCUGAGGACAUUGACUGACAUUAAAUAGCAGGUUGGCAGGGGAGGGAUGUGAGAGAGCGUGUGCUGGGACAGUAGAGACAGUGUUAUUAUACCGAUAAAACUUAAUGUAAGCAAAAGGACAUUGGAAAACGAUCAUAACUCGACCUGUUCUCCCUCUCUAUCCAUAUCAUCCAUUUAGAGCAUGUGUAGUCCAUCACUCCCCCGCUCUAUCUCUCACUCUCUCUCUCAUUGUAUUCGUGCAACUAAUCCACUGUAAAAUUGCAUUUAAUUCCUUCACCUAACUUCAACUCGAAACUAAUAUACAUGUUUAUGUAUUUAACUUUUUGCGAAAACAAAAGAUUCCAUAUCAAAAUACAAUUGAAGCAAAAAAACCGAAAAAAAAUACGAAAAUCUAUACAAAAACUACAAAUAACAAGUAAUAAUGUUCUGCAACAUUUUCUAUGUUUGUUUAUUUUUAUAAAAAAAUCGAAUGUUUGUAUGUGUAGUCCAUAAUUUUCUAAAGGCAUAUGAAUACGAGUAUAUUGCAAAAUGCAAAACCAAAGUAAUAUUUAUUGGUCUUAAUGGAAUGAAAAAAGAAAACAUAAACGAAACUACCAUUAUUAACUUACGAAUUAAAUCAAAUUUUUGACAAUGCGAUUUUUGCUUUUUGGAAAUCGUGCUUUUUGCUAAAACAAAACCAAAUCGAUCGAAACAAAAAUGAACUAUAAUUAUAAUGAAAACAACAUACUUUUGCUCUCUAUAAACCUUAUAUACAAGCACCUUUCUAUAUAAAACGUUUAUAUAAAGCAAACCGAAACCAAAAUGACAAAAACAAAAAAAAAACAUAAUUACAGACUAUAUAGAACACGUAAUACCACUGAUCCUUCUAUUCUAUCUUCCGACAUUCCACAUACACAGAGAAACUAACCCCUUCCGGGAAGUAAUACCAUCCUAAUUUGCAACUCUUGAUUUUUGUUUAUUUUAUUUAAUUUUUGUUUGUUUUCAAUUGCCAAACUCAGUGUUUAAAAUAAGACCAAGUGAAAAAACAAGGAGAGAAAAUUAAAUUAAAAGAAACGAAACGAAACGAAAAGAACUACGCAUACAUUCAUGUAUAAUUAGUGAACAGUUACUGACUAACAAACGUUAUUUCAAACUCAAGUCAUUCUAUCAAUAAAAGUAUUCAAAGUAAAUAAAUUCUGUUAUUGUUGUCGAGGCAUUGAAAUAUAAAUAUUGAGGCCGAAAAACUAAAGCAACUUUUAAAUAAGUGAGAGAAAUUGUUGUUUCAUUAAAUUUGUCAUUAUGAGAAUUGAAAAUAUAAAUGUUUAAUGCAAAAUGGUGUAAGAAAUACAUAUAAUUGUGUAUACACAUAUAAUUCAUCAUAUACAUAAAUACAUACUUAUAUCUGUAUAUUCCAGAAACCCCCCAAAAAGAUAUAAAAAUUAAAUAAUUAACGACAGACACUUUGGAAGCUUACAAUUUGGAAAAGCCGAAAAAACAUUACUUUUUUUUCGACAAUUAAAUAAAAACAUUGAUACACAAACACACACACACACUUAUAGACAAAGCUUAUGUUUUUUUUUUUUGUAUGGAAAAGUCUACAAAGAAUUUCACCUAAUAGUUUAAAGACAAGGCAAGCGGAAAUACUAUUAAAAAAUUAGUAAAAUAAAAGGAAAAGGAAGAGGAAAACAUUCACGCAUUGAGAAAAACCUAACUAUUAAGAUACAAAGAAACAAAAACACACCUACAAAAAAAAAAGGAAGAAGAAAAGCGCAUACAUACAUAAACUAAUUAUAAAUUAAUAUAAACUUGCUCAUUAUUCUAAUUAUAAACCGAAACUUAUAAGUAAAUGGUAAUACUUAAAUAAUGCAAUUAAAACCAAAUUAAGAUUAAUACAACACGAAACAGGAAGAAGAACAACUAAUAAUAUUAUAAAUACAUAAAAUGAGAACAGAAGAGCAGAAGAAAGCGGGAU